GAAUAGAAUCAGCAUUAAAGUGGAAUAGAGGAGACACUAGCCCAACUCUCCAGAAAAUCAUCUAGAAGUUGCGAAACAAUUUCAACAAAACCUUUUGGCGUCCAAGUCAGCUCAAGUUCUGCCGUGCUGAGUCGUCCCUCGUUCACAUCAUUGAUACACAUGACAAAGGCUAUGUUUGUGACUAUGGCUACAUUUUGGUCAGAAUCCAGACUAAAUUUCCUGGGCGCCUCCUGCCAUUUGGGCUUCAAGCAGGCUGUCUGGCCUCAUGGCACCAAUUUUCAAGAGCAGCAGUCUCGCUUAGUAUCUCGGCAAAUCGUGUCCCAAAAAAACUCAACAAAAACAAAGGAAACGAACAGUAUCUUCUAGCGAAUUGUAUCGUCACAGAAGGGCAGGAGAGGAAUAUUCCACUAUAAUUAGGUGGACUGACGAUGCGGUACAAGCUAAUUCGCAAUCAUUGCACGGUAGCUGCCCAUAUCUGAUUUACAGAAUCCCGAGAUCCAAAAUCAGCCUUGGAACGCCACCAUGCAGCCACCAAACUCAACUCCGCUCAGCCUCGCCUUCGAAGCUGAACAUAUCACCCAAGUAGAAUCCCUCCACAAUGGCGGGCGACCCCCUCAGCAUCGCAGCCAGCAUCCUCGGUGUUUCAGCCGCAGGCUUCAAGAUAGCCCAAGGCCUCUACAACAUCGCAUCCUCCAUAGGAUCCUCCGGCGAAGAAAUAAGGCUCUUCGCAUCCGAUACCGAUAUUUUCUCACACAUGCUGUACAGUCUCAGUCAGACUCUCGAGUCAACCGCGGCGAACUCCACCUCGCACUCACCACGUCUGCUCGUCACAACGGAAGAUGCCGUCAAGCUGUGUGAGCAGGUAUUGCAGCCCUUUGAGAGGAUUAUUAAAAGGCUGAAUCCGUUGCUGGUAAGGUUCAAAGAGAGUCAGAGGAAGUUAAAACAGUUGGGGAUGAGGAUUAGGUGGGUGUUUAGGGAGAAGAGUAAAGUGUUGUUUUAUCAGCGGAUGUUGAAUUCACUCAAGAGUACCUUGACGUGUUUGUUGGCAUCGACUAAUCUGAAUGUGGCAUCUGACCUGGGUGCAGAACAUACAGCGCUUCUUCGUAUCCAAGUUGAAAAUGCUCAAGGAGUCAUCAAACACAAUGUUGAGAUGGCUCCAACAAGACUCCUCGAGCUUGGAGCUACAAAUGCAGUAGCCUAUCCCGGUCGCACUUUACAGGAUGUGCCUUCUGAGUCUCAAGUAGAGAUGGACGGCCUGGAAGAUGAUGCAUUUAUUGUCCCCAGAAGUGACGCUGGACCGUCGGCGUCUAGAAGAGAUACAAGAGUGGCAGAGGACAAUCUCGACAGCCAAGAGUCUUUUGACUGCCAGAUUGACGAAGCACUACAGAGUCCUCCCGGAUCGACGAGUUGCUCACCACAGGCACUUUAUGAGGAUAUCAGGAGUCUACAACGGAGGAUCAUCGAAUUUGCGAGCCAAACACUUGAGACAGCCGAUGACUUACCACCUUCUUAUGAUCUCCCAACUGCUGGCAAUAGUGAUGGAAGGAUCUCAGGCCUUCGAGAAAACACCAAUUCAAAUGUCGUUGACAGACAGGGGCUCUCAAUUAUGAUUCCAUAUCAAAGUCCGAGAGCAAAGAAUUCUAAUCGUGGAAUGACCCUGCUGGAGCUCCAGGAGAAAAACCAAAUUCUUAUCGAAGAUACACUUGGAUAUUUCAAUUACAUUCCUUCAUCAGUCGGCGCUAGCUGGGAGGGUCUCAAAAACUUUCUCCAGGAUUGUUACAGUUAUCAAUUCAUGUACAAUACCGAAACUGCUCCAUCCUACGCUGGCCCUCGAUACAUCGUACACCCACAGGCUGUCCAAGGCAUGGCUGGGGCUAACCAGGAGGGUCGAAUAUACACUAUUCUUGAUUUCAAAUCUUUCGAGACCGAGCACGGCGUAAAGAUGCAAGGAGAUCAGAAACUGUACCUUAAGCACGCUUUUCAACGCGCCAUCGAGCGAGAUCAAUAUCUGCUGGAGGACCAUAGUGGCAAUGGAGCACACGUUCAGAAUAUCUUCCGGAAAGAGAACUGGACGAAGCGAACAUGGCUCAAUGCUCAGCUCCUGUUGCGGUUCGAUAACCCUUUCUUUAACGAUGUCAAGGAUGUGAAAGUGUCGUGUUGACUGCUACGAAGCUGUCCCGUUCCUAGGCUGUCUUACUUCGAGGACAACGGGAGGGAAUUUGGAUAUAUAGAUGUGUUUCCAUAAAAUGGUUGAUUUACCCUGGUGUUUCCUCUUAUCUGGACUGGUUCGUGAUAUACCGUACAGCUGGUACAUAAAUCUUGAGAUUUUAAUACCCACUGAUA